GCUUCGUAGUUCAGGGUUCUUCCCGAACUGAUGUUUCGGACGCGACACAAGAGUUAUAUCGGGUGUUCCGCGAGCAUCAGAACAACGGUGCAGAAUACUUCUCCGUUUCCCCACGGGCUGCACAUCGCAUUCAUCUUUGGGCCAUUUGCCAACGACUUCAGAAGGAAACGAAUACUAAGAUUUCAGUGGACGUGAACAAUAACAUGAUUUCCCUCACCGGCCAUAAAAGCGCACUGUCAUCAGCGCGCCGGAGCAUUUUAUCGUAUGCGCGUCAGAUAGACGAUGAAAAACACACCCAUUAUAUUGUUCCAACGAGCAAAGAUCUCCGGAGGGUUCUGAUGAUCUCCUUGCCUCGUAUCAUCUCUCAGUGUGGUGGGCCAGAAGAUGAGGAGGAAGCUCGGCAAAUGUUCACAAUAACGAACCCAGGUGAAAAUGGGGGUACUGGAGAAAUGAUCGUCGAUCUGUGGUGUCAUCCAUCUAUGUCAAGUCCGUUGAGGGAAGGCCUCACUCGAGAGGUCGAGGAAUUCAUGCAGAAUCGUAUGCGCGAAAUAUGGGCAAUUCGCGUUCCCACGUGGCGUGUGCAUGCAUUACGAAACUCUCACAUCUUCAGAAGGUACGACGACAAGAAUCCAGACGGCACACUGAUGCCAUCCAUUGCGGUUCUUGAGAAGAGAUUUGGGGUUCAAAUCGCAUUCCCUGACUCCAAGCGACCAACUUGGGACCAACAACCGAUCAAGAACAUGCCUAGUCCGAGACCAGGCGACGGGUCCGAAGUGCAGUUCACGAAGCUUAGGGGUUCUCAAGCUCAACUUCCCUUGAUGGAUCGCAUGAAGCGUUUUCUACAGGUCACUCUUCGAGUCCCCGCCCAAUUCCAUCGUGACCUCAAAUCAACAAAUGUCAUCAAGCGUCUCGAGUCCAUGGGCGUUGAUGCCCAAAUAUCCAACCCCAUGGAUGACCACUUUGAAUGUCUUCUAAGUGCAGUGCGCCAGGAGGAUCUGGAAGCAGGACAACAUGACAUUUCACGCAUGGCGAGCAGAAUAUCUAAGGGAUGGCCUGCCAUAGAUCCACUGCCCACGGCGAAACGAAAAACAAGCAGGGAAGGCAAUGUGAUCAUUAACGAGCCAGAUCGUGUGAGAGACUUGCCUCCACCUCCACGAGGCGAGGGACCGAUCACACGGGAGCGAACAAGAUCGGUACGCGUUAAGCCCUAGGAUGCAAGCGACUGCACUAUGACGAAAUAAUACGCAGUGAUGAUGAACUCCGUUCCCCGUGCCAUAGGACUCGAACAACCCACCGCUCUACACCCAGUAUAUUCCGAUGCAACCACUUUUACCGCACUUAUCCACAGUCGUCCUUUUCUCCCACCAUCCACAAUUCCUUUAAUUCACUAACGUCCUGACUGUAAUUUCUUUCCCCCGAUUCAGCGUGUAUAAUGACAGCAUGCUGGUAGGGCGUCAUUUGUAUUUGAUAUU